AGCGCCGAUUGAAAAUGCCCUGUUUUGGAUAUGGCCAGUUUAGUUGCCGGCUAGCUUUGAGACGGGACGGUUUAGUUAGUAGUGUCGUAUAAUCUAGUGAUAUCAAGAAUCCAAGAAACGUUCUGAGUAACUUCUUCAAUUAGGACAGUGCACAUAUUAACUUCGUAAUGAUUCACUUUUUGCUGAUGGGACAGUUUCUACUGUUUUUAUGUAAAGCUCAACGAGAUCGAGAGCCGAUAGAACAGAAACCACUUGCUGAGUUUUCGGGAUACGAUUAUCCUAAACCAUCGAUCACCUUUGAAGAUGGCUACGUCUACAAUAAGCCGAGUUGUCCAUUAGUUCUUCCGAGCACUCAAUAUGUUACAUUACCUCCGGUUGUCAGCGUCCAACUGCAUACCACUACACACACUGAAACAGUGGUUCAAACCUUGAUUGCCACGUCCACCGAUUACCUAACUGUAACCAGUACAAAGUUUAACUGUGCGCCAAGUACUUAUCUCUCUCCUCCACCAACCUCCCCAAACACCUAUCUCCCGGUGGGCAAGCCCACCAACACUUACUUGCCGAAACUACGCGUGGAUAUCGAACAAACUACUCCAAACUCAUUUCUUCAAAGCUACGACUAUUCGCAAGCAGCACCCAUCAAACGAAUGAUCGAUGAUUUUACUGCAAACACGCUGGAUGAUCACCUAAGUGUUGCACUACACUCACCAAUUGGUCAGGAUAAUUCUACGACUACAACCCAACUACCAACAGCUGUCAACAUCAUUUAUCUCGAUCGCCGAACCGCAGAGGACACUUCGAGUGGCCCACCGGCAGAUCUUUUGAGCUGGUUACUGUGCCGUUUCAAUCUAGUCAAUAAGACCUGCGAGAAUCAAUGAGCCGAUAAUGCCCCUUCCUGUUGUACAGUUGAAGUAAAAACUUUUUGAACGCAAAAAUUUGGAAAAGCCAUAGAGCUUUCUGGCAGCUCAAUCAAGGUUGUUCGUUUUAUUAUUUACUCCUAAUUUUAUUUACACAAACCCGAAUAUAAAACCCUUUCUGAGUAGAAUAAUUUCAUAAAUCGAGUAUUCAAGUUCAAGCAAAUCCGUUAAAUAAGAUAACUUUUAAGUUAACUUUGUUUUCGUCAGAA